CGCCAACCUCGCCGUGCUGUUUCUGAUUCCCCGCUCCUUGCCUUUCCACGCCUCAAAUCUUGACAAAAUGACUGUUAUCGAAUCGGUUAAAAGCGCCGUUGGCCUUUCGGAGACCUCCGCAACCCGCCAGGAAAUGUCGGAAGCGCGUCUUCCCAUGCAAUACAGAGAUUCAUGUGCACACCUUCUGAUCCCGUUGAACCGAUGCCGGCAAGCAGAGUACUACCUUCCCUGGAAGUGCGAGGAUGAGCGACACUCAUACGAGAAGUGCCAGUAUGAAGAGUUCAAGAAGCGUGUGGCCAAGAUGGACGAGCUGCGUGCCGCCAAGGACGGCGCCCGGAGCAACUGAAUUGUGGGACUGUUGGUAUGCGUGGCCGGUGCUGCUGCUGAAGCAGCAGGAAAUGUAAAUAAGAGAUACACCGAAACUGCUUAUGGAUUGCCUUUUGGCGUUGGGACCUUUCAUCAAAAUCGGCCACUUUAUUUUCUUCGCCUAUCUGGACACCAAUUGCGUCCGCAACUUGACGCUCUGUUUGAGAUUGGCUAGAUUGUUACCUAGC